GGGGUGCGGUGAGUGAUUUUGAAACUGUGCUUGUGUCUUUUCUCAAAAUGGUGUCAUAUCUUCCGCUUAAGCUUCCUCAUUUGGUGCUGCAAAACUAUUCCUCAAAGCGAAGCCAGGCUUCUGCUCCAAAUUAACUCAGGCAUACAUAAUAGGAGUGUUUUCUGGGAUGUUGUGGUUCACCUGAUUUCCCAAGGGAUGAGGACCUAAAAACAGGCUUCAGAUCUCUCCAUGCUGAGGAUGUUCCAGAAAUUGGAUGAGCAAGAAAACUGUCUACCGACAUGAAUUUACUGACAUACAAGUCGCUGAUCAAGUUGACUGUCCUUGUCUAUUGUGGCACGUUGAUCUAUUUAGUUAUUAUAUGGCUUGUGGGAUUGUAUGACCUGCAAAGGGCCUUAGGAAACCUGGGGCCCAGUCCCACCUUCUCUAUAAUAAGCUUAAAACAUUGUGGAAGCAACAUGGAUACCAAGGUGAUAGUGCCGGUGAAAAACAGCAAAGCCUUCUUAGUAUCAGCUUACUUGGAUGAGAGGUUUUCUCCCAGAAUGCUACGCAUCAUCAGCAUUGUGGACCAAGCCAGCUGGACGCAAUUCUACUGCCACUUCUGUAAGGGUUCAAAGGCGAUCUCCACGAGAGCUGAAGUUGCAUUUCAUCCAGAAAACUUUGGCUUCCCCUACAGCACUGCCGACAUCCUCUGCCAGGUGCCUUUGGAGGCCGGGGUAGUGUCUUCUGUGUCCGUAACGGUGGGGCUGGAGCCGUACCCCGGAAGCCCCUUCCUCCCUAUCCGCUCUCUCAAGAGGGUCAGUUCAGGUGCCUUCCACCGCAACUUCACGGUCUGCAUCUCCACUUUGUUUGGUAACUACAGUAAUGUCUUGCAGUUUGUGCAGUCCUUGGAGAUGUACCGGAUCCUAGGGGCUCAGAAGGUGUUGAUCUAUAAGAGCGACUGCAGCUCCAUAUUGCAGAAGGUGCUGGACUACUACUCCUCCGAAGGGUUGGUGGAGGUCAUAGCCUGGAACAUCCAUCACCACCUCAACGUCUCUAAGAGUUGGAAGCCUUCUCUUGACCCUGGGGAUGUGCACUAUUACGGACAGAUUACAGCCCUGAAUGACUGUGUUUACCGCAACAUGGGGAUAAGCCGCUAUGUGGUCCUGAAUGACAUUGACGAGGUGGUGGUGCCCGUGCUGCACAACAACUGGGCUGACAUGAUGAGCUACCUCUCUAUGGGCCACCUGGGGACGGAGAGCUUUUUUUUUGAAAACAAUGUCUUUCGCCAUCGUGUUGUUGGGGAUGAUAGCAAGUUUGACCUUUGGGCUGAUGUGCCCGGGGUCAACAUCCUGCGACACGUGCACCGUGAGCCAUUGCGCUUCUUGGCCUUCAAUGCACGAAAGAUGAUAGUAAAUCCACGCGCUGUAGUGAGGAUUUCAGUGCACAACGUGCCGUGGCAGAUGGGUGCCAGGCUGCGAGUACCCGGAUCGGUGGCUCGGCUGCACCACUGCCGUAAUGAUGAUGACCUGUGGGUGAGAGACUCGGAACUGAUCCGGGACACUAGCCUCUGGAAGUACAGCGCUGCCCUCAUCAAGAACGUCAAUUGUGUUAUCAGUCACGUGCUGAAGUCUUAACCUACAGUCGAAAGCGGCCAUCCAAUAGGGAGCAUUGAACCAAUGUUCAUCUGCACUAACUGCAAGUCCAGUUAAGGUCUUCUCACUUCCUCUCUAUGUUGAAGCUCAGUGUUGGGUGAGCUACACCUGGUAAGGAAUAAGAGUCUCCAUUAGUGCCACACAGUUGGAACAUGUUAAUGGUUUAUUUUGUGCUUUGGACUUAGCAGAAUUGAUUUUGUAUUGGGUAGUGGGUGUCAUUGUGGUUAAGGAUAGGGGUUUAUAACGUGCAUAUUACUAGUACAAGAACAAUUGCCCCUUCCUUCUGCAGUAUCCUUGAAAAAGAUACUUCCACUGAGUUACACCACUAAAAAUCUGUUUGAAUUGCACUACGUGGCUCAUUUACUUUUAUACAAGGUGGUAGCUAUGCAACAAAUUUAGUUUGACUGCCAUACUAAAGAAUAUUGUUCACAUAGUGAAAAUGUCUCAGCUCCCCCUUCGCCACUACAGUCCGGUACAGCGACCGCAUUACUGCUGCCGCUGCUCCCAGUCUGGCCGAUCUCACGC